UUAAGAAAGAAUGUGAGAGAUGCUAGACCGUAUGAUACGAGAGUAUCUAGCUGCUGGUUUUCGCCUCCAUAAACUUGCACAAAAUUCGGCAAGGAGAUGCUCUAAAUGGCCGACUAUUUUCAAGAUUUUAUACCGACGCUCGACUUUAGCCUGGAGCCACUUUCGAAGAAUUCCCAUUUCAAAGUUUCUACCUCCGAAAAGACAGUUGAUCGCCCUAACUGCAACAACUCCUUUCUUGCCAACUGGUUUUGUGCACGCCGAAGAACUUGCAGAAAGUGACCUUGAAACGUUGAAAAUGAGAUUGGCAGAUGAGUUGCUGUCGGUUGAAGAAAUGAAAGCGUGUGUGAAUACUUUUCAAGAAGUGAAGGAUACGAUGAGAAAAAAGGGGGGAGAGGAGAAUGAUGCGGAUUCUGGAAAAGCAGUCAAAGAGAAAAAAGGAAAAGACGACGACUGGGACUUGAUAAUGGACAAAGAAGAUAUGAAAAUUUGGAGAAAACAAGUGCCUGAUUCUUCAUUGAUCUACUACAGAUGCUACGGGAGGAUAGAAAACAUCGCCUCAUCUGCCUUCUUCAAAGUGCAGUUCGAGGACGAAAUGAGGAAACAGUCGGACAAAUACGUCAAAGUUCUCACUUCGAACCCAGUCUGUCUAAACCACUCAUUCCCGAACUCCUCUCCAAAACCACCACUCAGGGUAGAGAACAACGAGGAGGCUUCUUGUGAAGAAGUGGAAGUGGACGUGGAAACGGAGACCAAUUGCAUUAAGGGGUUCGACGAUGUGUUGUGGGUCCAUUCAUUCCCUUUUCCUCUCAAGUGCAGGCUCUACAGGUACUUCCGAAGAGGAGCCUAUAUACCAGAAGACGAAGUCUUUGUCAUCAUCAGCAAAAACAACAACAAUCACCAUCAGCAACACCACUCAGACCCCAAAUCACUAGAAGCGAGUUGUCCCAAAGACGCAGUCCAUGUGAAGACAUACUACUCCUCAUUUGUCAUCAGCCCAAUUGAUGGAGCAAAAUCGACUUCUGAUUUGGGGUUCGAGUAUGUGUUGUGCUAUGUGGACGAUCCUCAAAUAGUGCUGCCGAAUAAAAUUGUUACCAUGGCCACUUCAGACGGGAUUCCGCGUCUCAUGAACCAGUUAGGAACGGCUGCCAAAGUUGUUUUUGCCUCAGACAAACAGUCCUGCAUUGAGGCGUACGAAGAGUAUUCGAUUGACCCACAAGUUCGCAGAAAUUUCCGAAAAAGGAAAGAUGAAAGUAAAUCAAAACCACGCGGAGGAAAUGAUUUCAGGAGUAAAAUGUUCAUCACGGAAGCGACCGACCACUCGUCUGUUCAAAGUGCUAACAAAUCGGAUGAUUUUUCCGACCAAGUGCCUUCAAAAAUUGACGAAAUAAUUGCCAAAUCGACAGAAUUAGUUGCGGAAAAACUUGAAGGUGUUCCAAAGAGCAUAAAACAUGAAUUAAAACCGAUGUACAAAAAACUAAAUAGUUUUGUAUGGAAAAACAAAUUCAUUUUUGAAAGAAUAUCAGAUAAAGAUAAUUUUAUGGACUAAUAGGUUUUAUUUUUGUCUACGUACAAUUGUAUAUCAGAGGAAAAAUAACAAAA